GAAUAUAGGGGACGUGUAAAGCUUGAGAGAAAAGCGCCAAGCAGAACGAGAAGAAGAAGAUGACGACGAAAGAAUUCCGCCCUUUCCUCAACCACUAUAUAUAUUAUGCUCCUGGCCCUAUCUACAGUCUCCAGUAUUCAACCACGUUUUUUUCUAAUAGAAAUAAUAUAUACUACUAGCAGUAAUAUUUUUCAGGUCCAGUAGUAUAAAUUAGGUGGAGUAGGUGUUUUCUCUCGAUUGAACUGCUACUACUGCUACUGGUAGUUGGAUGGAUUUUGAUGGUUUGUUGUUGAUUUAAAGUAGUAGCGGCAGUAGCAGUAGCAGUAGAAAUAAAAAAUUUUUGUUUGAUUUUAGAAAAAAAAAGCGACAAAAACUGCAGCCUAUCAUUCUUUCUUUGUUUGGGUCAAAUUCUAUGCUUUGUGAUAAUCAAUGGCUGAUUUUGAGCCAUUACUGUUGCGGAGACGCGACGCCGAUGCUGCGGUUGCCGUCGCCGUUGCCGAUCUUGGAGAAGACAAGCAAGACGUCGUUGAAGCCGCCAAGGAUAACAAAAUCACUCCUCCUAGACCUAGAGUCGCUUCCCUCGACGUCUUUCGCGGACUCUCUGUUUUUCUUAUGAUGCUUGUGGAUUAUGCUGGCUCCAUUUUCCCCAUUAUAGCUCAUUCACCUUGGAAUGGUCUACACUUGGCAGAUUUUGUGAUGCCUUUCUUCCUUUUUGUUGCUGGAGUUUCCCUGGCGAUUGUAUACAAGAAAGUCCCAGACAGAAUACGAGCUUCAUGGAAGGUAGUUUUAAGGGCAUUGAAGCUCUUCUUCCUUGGCAUUCUUCUUCAAGGCGGUUACUUGCAUGGAGUAACUUCAAUGACAUAUGGCGUGGACAUUGAAAGACUACGAAUUCUUGGAAUUUUGCAGAGGAUAGCUAUUGGAUACCUUGUAGCAGCUUUGUGUGAGAUUUGGCUUCCACGUCGAAGGUGGAGGAAGGAAGGUUUCCCGGGGAAUUAUCUUUGUCACUGGUUCAUUGUGCUCUCACUGGUUGCUGUAUACGUAGGAUUAUUACAUGGGUUGUAUGUCCCUGAUUGGAAAUUUAUCUCUGCAAAUAACGGUGGCAUUUAUGAGGUGAAAUGUUCUGUAAGAGGUGAUCUACAACCUGGUUGUAACUCUGCUGGAAUGAUUGAUCGAUAUAUUCUUGGUAUUCAGCAUCUGUAUAAUAAACCUGUAUAUCGAAAUCUGAAGGAAUGCAAUACAAACAGUGUGCCUUCUUGGUGCCUUGCACCUUUUGAGCCUGAAGGUAUUCUAAGCUCAAUAACAGCUGCUGUGAGUUGCAUUCUUGGACUGCAAUCUGGUCAUAUUCUUGUACACUUUCAGGACCAUAAGGAGCGGCUAUAUAACUGGUCCCUGUUGUCAUUCUCAUUUCUGGCUCUUGGUUUGUUGCUCUCCUUAAUAGGUAUUCCCUUGAAUAAAUCCCUGUACACAAUAAGUUAUUUACUGGUGACAUCGGCAACUGCUGGAAUUACAUUUUGCUUACUCUAUGUACUGGUUGAUGUUUGUGGAUGGAGGCGCUUAACUUGUGUGUUGGAAUGGAUGGGAAAGCACUCCCUUAGCAUCUUCAUCCUUGUAACUUCAAAUAUUGCUGUAAUUAUGAUUCAAGGGUUUUACUGGAGAGCUCCGGAGAAUAACAUCGUUCACUGGAUCAUAACACACGUAGCACACAAAUGAUUUUUUGCUAACUCUGAAGCCACCAGAACCUCCUUAGCAUCAGUCAGAUGGGGGUUGCGUUCUUAUGAUUAUGGCUCUCUUAGGGGAAACUUCUGGCAUAUGUUCUUGGUAGCAGCUGGAGGAGGCUAACAACCAACUAUUUUGUAGCAGUAUCGUUUUUGACAGUCGAGGAUGUGGCGUCGAGUCGAUGGCCCUCCAUAUGGACGGACACCCAUAUUAAUAGGCUGUUGAAACCCGAGCAGUGCAUUUUCCUGGAAGCCCCAUGUCUUUGCUCAAUGUUCAAUAUCGUCAACAAUAGUGUCAAAUUAUUUGCUUAGGUAAGAAAAUCAGGAUGAAGGUUUGUCAUCUCUUACAGAGUUAGUCCCUCGAUUUUGAUUGUGUAAAUACACCGUUCACAGAUGAUCAAAUGAAUUGAGAAUACGAAGAGGCACUACGUAGCCACGCAAACAGAAAAAUAGCACCAAUAAACAGAAAACAGAAAAAGAACGAAACUGACAUCGCACCUGAAAGUUAAUUUCUUUGGUUA